CUCUCUCUCUCUCUCUCUCUCUGCGGGACAUCACAGGCCACCUCCCCGCGGCUGCCCACUGCCCAUCGGGCUGGGCUGCGCGGACUGUGGCGCCUCACGCCAUGCCAGUGACCGCCCGGGCGCUGGUCCCUCCCUCUGCAGGCCGGUGACACUCACUUCCCGGAGGCUGAGGCCCAGCAUGAUGCCGCUCCUUCCGAGCUCAGCCGCCCGACCCCGGUUACCCUGCAGAGACCUCUGAGCAAAAGAGCGGCGGAAAGGGAAAAGGUCAAGGGCCACCGCUUGCAGGUGUUACAUGGGCGCAGCCAUUUUGGAUCUUACUUCUUGCACCUCUCAGAGUCGCGUGCUCCGAUUGGUCCCCAGGCAAUGAUCCUCGCACGUUAUUGGCUGCUACCGAGCUAGCCUCUGCCUGGGUCAAGCCGGGGAGUGAGAGGGCACUCGUGGAGACUGGGAAACAUCAAAUUCUCCCCGGGCUUCACUACCUCUAGCUCAGACCCCGGGGCCUGGACUGGGGACGGGUCGGGGCACUUCGUAGGCAGCCUGCGGGGACCCCCUGGGAGCAAACGGGACUGAGCUGGGACGCUAUACUGUUAGAUUUAUAGCGGACUGGGUCUGCAGAGGAGCUUUUGCGGGGUUGGGGGUGCGGAGAUAUUGCAUUGCUUGGGUUGGGGUCGGUCAGGGAGAGUUACUAUUAUUGUUAUUUUUAGAGGGGGAGACAAAUUAGAAGAAUGUGCAGAGCCCAUUCAUUAUAGACUAAAGUUGGAUUUUGAUCCUUGACACGAGCAAGAGUUAAAAGAGUUGGUGACCGGCAAUAACUAAUUAAUUACUUUUGGGUCUGUGUGUGUGUAUGGGUGCACCUCACACUCUAGGGUGCUUGCAAUUUACUCCCUCUGCCCCCCUUUUUAUUCUCAAUAUUUAAUUUUUAAAAAGUGUUUGCCAGAAAUAAGGCAGGGCAGAAUUGGGCCACGGGGCUCUUUUAGCCUCAGGUGAGGCUGGUUCGGGAGCCACCUGAGCAGUCAGUGCGUGGGGAUGGAGGUCCUGAAGAUGGUCGUGCUGAGGAGGGCGCGUGGUCUGUGCCCGGGGAGAUGCAGGGCACUGGCGAGAGAUUCACGGGAUAGAAACAUCAGCACCACGGCUUCCAGGAGCACUGUUAUGCCAGCCUGGGUGAUCGAUAAAUACGGAGCGAAUGAAGUGCUCCGAUUCACAAAGAAUAUGAUGUUUCCUGUCUUAUACUAUCCAAAUGAAGUCAUUAUUAAGGUCCAUGCUGCCAGUAUAAACCCUAUAGAUGUUAACAUGCGAAGUGGGUAUGGAGCAAGAGCUUUAAAUAUGAGGCGUGAUCCACUGAUUUUGAGAAACCUCGGGCAAGAAUUUCCUUUGACCCUGGGCCGGGAUGUCUCUGGUGUAGUGAUGGAAUGUGGGCUUUCCGUCACCUAUUUCAAACCUGGAGAUCAGGUGUGGGCAGCAGUUCCUCCAUGGAAACAGGGCACUCUAUCAGAGUUUGUCGUAGCCAGUGCCAAUGAGGUAUCUCAUAAGCCCAAGUCUCUCACUCACACUGAAGCUGCCUCCUUGCCCUAUGUUGCUCUCACAGCCUGGUCUGCUCUGAACAAGGUUGGUGGGCUGAAUGACAAGAACUGUAGUGGAAAACGUGUUUUAAUUUUGGGAGCUUCAGGUGGAAUUGGUACCUUUGCUACACAGGUAUUGAAAGCAUGGGGUGCCCAUGUGACAGCAGUUUGUUCUGGAGAUGCCGCAGACCUUGUAAAGAAGCUUGGAGCAGACGAUGUAAUUGAUUACAAAUCUGGAAAUGUGGAAGAACAGUUGAAAUCCUUGGAACUGUUUGACUUUGUCCUAGAUAAUGUUGGUGGAGGCACUGAAGAUUGGGCUCCAAAAUAUCUCAAGAAAUGGUCAGGUGCCACAUAUGUGACCCUGGUCACUCCUUUCCUGCUAAAUAUGGACCAGCUCGGAAUAGCAGAUGGCAUGGUACAAACAGGAUUUACCAUGGGCUCUAAGGCACUAAAGCACUUUUGUCAAGGAGUCCAUUAUCGAUGGGCCUUUUUCAUGGCCAGUGGUGCAUACUUGGAUGAUAUUGCAGAACUAGUAGAAGCAGGAAAGGUCCGACCAGUUAUUGAGCAAACUUUCCCUUUUUCUCAAGUUCCCCAAGCCUUCCUGAAGACAGAAGGUGGACAUGCACGAGGAAAGACUGUGGUUAAUGUAGUUUAAGAAAAAGAAAAUAUACUGAAUGUUGAUUGACA